GUGUGCGUGAUUUCUUUUUCAGCGCUAUCAGGGCUGGCAAUUUUUAUCGAAAUAUUGACGCGUAGAUAUACAAAUUGGUCGCGAUAGGUUGAAAAAAAAUGUGACGUCACGAGACGCGAUUCGAUCCGCAAAGACGAAUCACAAUUGAUUGUUGGUUAUCUUGCGAAAACGCGUGAUCUAUGGCCGCGUCGGAACGGGAAUGUUGACGGAAGAUUCGCUCCGACACGCGAACGAAUCAACGUGAAAAAGAGAUCGCGGAGCCGCGCGAUAUGGAUUUGUCAUAACAGAUGAGAGUGCGGUCGAUUCUUUCGCGAUCCUUCAACUCGUUAACGUGGCGGGGUGAACCUCCCCACGAGAAAACCCCAGGAAUGGCAAACAGCUGUGCGAAAGAAAGACUGGAUGCCCGGUUUUGGUUACUGUAACACGAAAAUGUGAGACUUAAUUAUAGAUAAUUAGAAGUACCAGCAAAUGCAAAAUGGAAAAAGUUAUACCAAUGAGUUGGUUAAACCAAAUAUUAUUAGUUUUUAGUAUAGUAGCUGCAGUAUUGUCUUUAAUUGUACAAGGAUGGACAGGUCUUACACCUCUGCCGAUAUAUGUUUCCAUCUCCUGGGCUAUAUUUAUUACGAUUAUAUCUGUAUGGUUGAGUUGUUGCUUAUUACGUCUGACACUUAAAGCCAAUAGUCCAAUUUCUUUAAAAUUUAUGAAUAAAUGGAUAUACGAGAGGCUAAUUAGUUAUCUAAGUUUGGAUUCUUUGAUAGACAAGAAUACAGAAAUCAUUUAUGAAAGUGAUAAUGAAAACCAAAAGGACUUGAGUUCUUCACAAAAAGAUACUGUUAAAUGCAAUAAUAAUGCAAUCUUACGAGAUUCCUGUAAAAAUGACAUUCCUUUAACAAAAAAAAAGUUGAAUUUAACAGAUACAGUACGAGAAAUUGAUGCAAAGUGUAUAGAAAUUUGGUACAAAAAUAUAAGUAAUGACAAGUCAUUUCCCAAUGAGGCGCAGGACUUGUUGAGCAAGUUUUUAACAAGACUUGUUUUGAAAGUCAGUCUCAUAGAUAAAAUAAAAGUCGCCAAUAAGUUGGCAAAUGUAUUACUGCUACACUUAAAGGAAUAUCGUAGGGCUCUACGUCGAGUCGAAAAGGGCGCUGUAUCCAAUGUGGAAGAAGCAUACAAAUAUUUACAUCCUGGUUCUCGCAGUGCAUCAACAUUAGAACAUAUGUUACAUCAUUUGGUCACUGUUCUAGCACAAGAAUUUCUACAAUGGGAAUUAACCAGUUCAUUACCGUGCAAACUUCUGUUAUCUAUUUUAGCGAAAAAACUGUUAAUAACAAUAGACACAAUAAGCUGCCCAGAAUGGUUGCUCGGGAACUUGUUAAAAUUACUGGAAACUCCGCCAAAUACAGUUGCUGCUACUCCAGCUAAAGAAAAUGGUACCAUAACUGUUGCUCUGAGUGAUGGCAUCGUAUCCGCGACAGCAGCCGUGAUCCCGCAGCAAUUGCCAAAAUCUGUACCUAAAUCUAGUCCAUCUGCAACUUCUACGAAUGAAGACAAAAGCGCAGCUUCAAUGGCAGCUCCGGAAAGAUCGACUUUAUGUUUAGAGGGUCUCUCCACAACGGAAUACAGAGGUCUCUGGGGAGAUAGCAUAACGGAUGCAGAUCUGGAAUUAGAAGAGGAUAAGAUUUCACCUGUAUAUGAAGAACCAACGGAUUUUGCCACAACCAUUGCUAGGCUUAGAAAUCUGUUACAACAGAAGUCCACAGCAACAACACCACUACAUGUUGAAGAAAAAUCUUAUGUAAUAUAUGAAGGAAGCCAGUUUAUGAAUUUGUCAAUUCCAUGGACCGAAUUUCAUACUGCAACAGAUGGUUCACAACAAUUAUUCUAUUGUAUACAAUUCGAUGAUGUCGAGCAACGUGUAGAUUUAUUCGAGACAACUACCGCUACUGUCAGGAGGCAAUAUUGCGAUUUUGUUCAGUUGCAUCUUAGUCUGGAAGAAAUUUCAUCAUUAAAUAAUGUUAUGUCCGAGCUAGUGUUGCCCGAAGGUGGUCGGAUAGAACUGGAGACGUAUUUAAAAACGCUGUGUACACGAUUGGCGAAUGAGUGUCCACCGCAAUUGCGUCACUUUCUUCGGCCAAGUAGUAGCGCGGGCAAAAAAGCGGAUGCGAUAGCGCCUCGUUUGGAUCGAUUUUUAGCUAAGACUGUAACUGGUGUCUUCAAUACGUUGAAGACUGUUGUGCCAGGCUUUGAAAUGGAUCAAGAAGAAGAAGCUCCUCCUCUACCUACAUUAAUGCCAUUAUCUGACAUACCCUGGAGAUUCGUUGAGGAUAUAAAAUCGAAAAGUCUGGCUUGUGAAUUACAACAAUUGAUUGCAGAAAAAACAGAAUAUUGUGUGGUAGACACAGCUUACGAGGCUGUUGACUCAAUGGAAACUAGUGGCAAUUCAGAAUUACUGGAUUGUUGGUGGGAAACUAUUAACACUUCAUACGAUGAUGAAGUUGACGAGUUGGAUUCUAACUUAGCAUUGACAUGUACGACUGUAGAUCUAAUUUGUGAACUUCUAACAGGGAUUGCUAGUAAUAAUACAUUACAACAAGAAGCAGUCGUUAGAUGGACUAAAUUGCUAUUAGGAAAUAUCUCAGAGCCAAUUUUGCAGAAAAUGAUUCUUUGGUUAUUUGACUCCUUGAGUAAUUCUUCACUAAUUUGCAAUGCAUCACACAACAAUAUCACAAGUCAAACCAAUGCACAAUUGAAAGAUAAGUUGGUGCGCACAUUACAGGAAAAGAUCUCAUACGGUGUAAAAUUGAUAUUUGGUGAGGACAAUAUACACAAAGCUCUGAACUAUUUAUUAAGAUCGUACGAAAUCAAAAAGAUUAAUAUAGAUUUAAACAUGCAGAUGUUAGAUGCAAUAGUAUCAGAACUAUUAGUUUCCUGUAAAACAAAUCAUGAUACCACAAAUUAAUUUUUAUUCAAUCAUUUAGAUAAAAAUACUUAGCUAUUUACAAGAUUCAUAUAUUGUAUUACUUUCUUAAUGAUAUAUUGAAGUCAUUAAGAUAUAUCAAAAUAUUUAUGUAAAGAAAAUUAAUGUGUGCCAUAUAUCUAUAUAUAUGUACAGUAUAUGUUGACUGUUUAGAUUUUGCGAAAACCGACAAUUUUUUAAAAUAAAGACUGUACCUGAUUAUACAUUUACAAUAAGAUAUGCCAAGUAUUUGUUCCAUUAGAGAACAAUGACUCAUUAUCAAUGAAAUAAGAUGAAACGAGUGAGUCAUUUUUGGAAAGCUACUAUAUGCAUUUCUGGACUUAUACUAAGCAUUUAUAUUUAAUAAUUAAGUUUUGUACACACACAAAGAAGUUGCAUUUUCUGCAUUUUACAGAAAAUGUUUCUACAAAACAUAUGGUGCAUAUUAUAUAAAGUAUACAAAAGUUACAGCUCUAUCAUUACAUUCCAAAGAUUGUGAGAAUAUGAAAUUUAGACAUACCCAGACUUAAUACUUAAUUAUAUGUUUAUUAUGUAAGAUACAAUAAAUAUAAAGGUAUUAUUAU